GUGUGGACACGCUUUGACGUGAAGCUGGCAGACCCGACCACGGGGGCCACGAUGCCACCUUCGGAGAUGGUUGAGGCCGUCCAACGCGAUCUUUUCGCGCGCGAUAGGAACGAUUUUGAACAGGACCCGGAAGCCGCGGAGGCCAUGGAGAGACAGGUUACCAGGAUCAGGAAAGCGG